AUGAAGUGCGGGGCGGUCAAUGGAGGCGGGCCGGGCGACGACCUGCUGCUCGGCGCCUGCUGGCUCGACCCCAAGCUGGACGCGGCCUCCCCGCCCCCCACAUGCCACGAGCUGCUCGACUCGCUCCUCGCCCCACCACCUCUCGCCGAACUCAAACCUCUACCGCCCUUCACCGGUUACACCGGACACCUGUCUAUCAACGGCAUCUCUGGCCACCACUACCAUGCAAUCGCGCAACGUCUUCCCGAAGAGAACAACAAUUACCCCACGCAGAGCGGCUACGGUACUGACCACGAUGUUGUUUCCUCAUCGACUUGUGCCGCCGACGCUGAGCCACCCGAUUUAGAAGACGUAAAGCCUUAUGCAUUAGACGCAACAGACACAAAACCUUUUUCUGCAGAAUCCACGGCGUCAGGCGCAGCCGACAGCUGCGCGCAAUCAUGUUCGCCCCCCGCUAAACUUUUUGAUGAGGGCCACAAACAGGACAUGUAUGAUAUCAGUUCAAUAGAAGACAUAGCAGCCAUCAUUGGUUCUGCUAUCGCGGACACAACGGUACCUUCACAACCUGAGGACCCAGAAAGAAACGAUUCUCGAGACAGCUGGAUGGACAUCGACGCUUGGAUAGCCGGUGCUUGCAGCCAGCAUGGAGACAAAAUCGUGCCUCAAAGCCUUGACGAGUUUGGUCUUCCCAAUUCUCCGCCACCAUCACAAAACAGUCAUCAUUCCGGGCUCGACUUUCCAUGUAAACCGAGCCAAGAGUUCACAAAGAGCCAGGAGUUCUUGCAAAAGAAUCUUGGACAAGCAGGUUCAACCCUUCAGACAUUGCUAACGCACGGCUACAUGCCGCUUCUUCAAAAUCGACUUCAAAAUGGCCCACCCGUUAAACAAGAGGCACCUAGCUCUACCAGUUACGGCAUGGAUGUCAUAUCGACUUCCUCUCCACCUGGUAAUGCAGUAUCCACGACGGACGGUGUCAGUGGCUUACUUAAUGGUAGAUACGCGCAGCACUACGCGCUAGGUCUAAAGUCAGAUGGCCUUUGUAGUCCAGAGAGACUGUUGGGAUACCCACAUGCCCAUACGACGACAGUGACUCCAACAAACAAGAGUAAAAGGAGUAGAGCGAAGGCGAAACAAGCAAACAACGCUGGCAACAUCCACGGAAGCUCCUUGGCGUUCCCUUCAGCGACUGCAGCAGAGCUAAGCGGCUUGCUGGGUAAGGAGAAGCCAGUACAUCGCUGCGGCAUAUGCAACAGAGGAUUCCUCAACAAGUCCAAUAUAAAAGUGCACCUUCGCACGCAUACUGGAGAAAAGCCGUUCAGAUGCGACGUCUGCGCAAAGGCGUUCCGUCAAAAGGCGCAUCUCAUCAAGCAUCAGCAGAUCCACAAACGGAUCGGGCGUGACUAG